AUGGCAACAAUAAUGUCCUCAAUCAUUGGAUCCACCGUGCUAAAGACCGUGGCUCCCCCUAAGUACAGCAGUGUGGACCAUCCGCUGUUCAAUCCUCAGCGAGUCCCCCGUGUGCUGGAGGAUAUCGAGGAAACACGUUCAAAAAUGGAAAUUAUGCGUGGUCUCUACCUCAAACCACAAGAUCAGGCCAGACUGAAAUACCGGCCUUAUGGCUGGUUGAAUAAUUGGUUGAACCCAAGAAAAAGCCGUUGCUGUCGUUGUUUCCUGGCAGUCCUCAGGAGAAAUUAUGGGUGUGGGGCCCCCAGCAAGGAGCAUCUGGAGUUCUUUCAAGAAGCAUCCAGGCGUAACAAGGGAGUGCCCGGGGAAAGCUCCCCUUUGCCUAAGAAUGGGGACUCCGAAUGCGUGUGUUUCAGCGCCAAAGAAGACGAAUCCAGAACCCACGAGGUCCCAACUACCAACGAUGGUAAAGACAGAUUUGUCACUCUCAAUUUCGAGAAUGAACACGUACUCGAAUCCGCCGAACUUGCGGAAGGUCAAUUUGAGCGAGGCCAUGGACUUGAGUGGUACCUCCACGACACCCCGGAGAAAUUUCCAAUUCCACCCGACACCCGCUCUGGCGUGGUGGUGGCUCUCAAAACGGGAAUUAAUCGUUGGGGUGAACAAGAAUUGAUUCGCCUUAGUGUCGUGGACCUCUAUUCCGGCCAGGUCCUCAUUGAUAACCUCGUGUGGCCCGACAAUCCCCUCCUGCACCUCGACACCAAGAACAGUUGCAUUACCUGGCCAAUGAUGUACGAUGCUCGCACCAAGGGCCUCUGCUUAGAAGGCCGCGAAGGAGCUCUUCUACGUCUUUGGGAUUUUGUGACGCCUAACACUUAUGUCGUCCUGCACGAUGGUCCACAGGAUAUGAUUCACCUCAGAUGGGUCCACGGAAAGAUCAUUGAUACCCAUGAGCUGGAGGGACGCAUUUCGAAUGACAGAAACCGGACUUUGAAGCGGCUUGCCAUGGUGCAUCUCAAGCGCAAUAUUCAACAGGGUCGAUUUGGGCUUGAUAGCCUCGAAGACGCAAUGGCCUGCCGGGACCUUGUAUUCUGGUAUGCCAGGAAUCUGUCUCCUGAGAAGCGGCAGGAUGAUCAUGAACCUCUCAUUCAGUUAACCAUUCCUAAAGGUCCCAGCGACUGGGAAAAAGAAUUAAUGGAGUAUGAAUGUCGGAUUUUUCUGAGGAUCAGGGCCUACCACAAUUAA